CCUCCCUCUAGUCACGUUCUCUACCCUCCCCUUCCUCCUGACACACCCACACACCUCCCUCGACUUCGAUCUAGAUCGGGAAGCCCCGGCCGCCCGCCUCUUCCUCUCCCUCCAGACCACGGCGAGCCCCCUUCCCCCUCCCUCACACCAGAUCCAGGGCAUGGAGCCGUGGUGAGCUCCUUCCCCAACCCUCCUCACCGGAUGCUCUAACGAUGCUGGACUACCUACAGAGACUUUACAGAAACGGCGCUGAGCUCUGGUUCAGGUGGGACCGGCAGUGGGUGGUGGUGAACGCCAAGGGCAGGGCCCUCACGCAGCGGGUGGAGCCCAGGAUGGCGCUGAUGGAGGUGGAGUUGCCGCCGGCGGCCUUCGACGAGGACUGGCAGCCCGCCCCCCACUCCUGCUUGGUUAUACGAGCACCCGGGAUGGACACACUGAAGGUCCCUCUUGCUGCGGAACACACCACGCUUGACGACGUCUCCGUCUGGGAGUGGUCUGGUUCUGCUUAUGAUGAAGGAGCUGAAGCAGCUGAAUGGCUCUCCGCCUAUUUCGGGAAGCCAAGUCGGCUCGUGCGGUUUAAAGAAGAGUCCGAAAUCAGGCCGACUAAUCCUGAGUAUGCUCAAGGCUACAAGAUCACCUUCACGGAUUGCUUCCCGUUUCUGAUAGCAUCCCAGGGCUCACUGGAUGCACAAAAUGAGCUUCUUAAAGAACAUGUACCAAUCAAUCGCUUUAGACCAAAUAUUUUAGUGGAUGGAUGCCACCCGUACGUAGAGGAUCUGUGGAAAACCAUAAAGAUAAACAAGCUAACAUUUGACGGCGUGAAGUUAUGCGACCGUUACAAGGUAAAAUUCCCAGAUCUGGUGCUGCGGUUGAGUAUGCUUGCUACUAUCCUAUCUUGAAACUUAAUUUCUGCAGUCAUUUACUGGAAAGAAACAUGAUACUAACAGAUAGCAAAUUGCUUGCUUCUUUUCUUUCCAUCCUUUCCAUAGCUACAUAAGCAGCAGGCUAAAGUCUCGGGGUGUGAAAAAUCCUCCUUUGAUGCAUAUUUAACAUACUUACAGUUACUUGAGUGCAAGUGAGUAACUGAUAUAUCAGUUGGGUUAGAGCUGGCCUCCUGAGAUAAAUCUUCAUGACAUUGAGGACUAACACAGGGCAUGCAAGUAACAACGGGUGAAUAAUGGGGACAGUUCUUAUAAAGCUGAUACUUAUGAACUUGUUCAUUAGUUUCAUAUAAACUUUACACCAUCAUAAUUCAGUAGUGUGAUGUGCAAACUUAACAUUCACAAGGCAGUAUAAAUAGGAGUAUAUACUCAAAAUUCAUUUCCAUUAUAAUCUUACUCAUACAAUAUUCACACCAUGUAAUUCUGGAAAUAUAUGCUCAUAUCUAAUUCUGCAUAAAAAAUGACAGU